UUUACAAAUGGCAGUAUAAAUAUGUAUGUAAGUUGAGGUUCAAAGAGAAAUCGAGUAGAUUUCAAUUCCAUUACUUUGUUAUAAAGAUAUCAUUGGCUUAUAUUGGGCAAAUAAUAGAAUUAGUCCCGCAGAUUCGAUAUGGCGUUUAAAAGCUAAAACAGCUGGAAGUUCAAAUCGUUGGGCUCUAAAAAGUUUUGUUUUCUAAUAAUGGCGAAUGUGGAUGUCAAUCAUGGUCAUAAUAACAAUGACAUCAAAGUUAUAAAUACCACACACGAUGUAAUCCCGCCUAAUGCAGAAUUGCCUUGCAGGGAGUGGCAGGAAGAAGAUGUUGUGAAAUGGGCUGAAGGUGAAGGAUUAGAUCACAAUGUUAUAAACUGCUUGAUAGCGGAACAUAUUGAUGGGAGUGACCUCUUAGAAUUAACAGAGAAUGACAUUCGAGACUUUCGUUAUCAUCUUCAAUACAGCCUUACUAUGAGUGAUAUGAAAAAGCUUUGGGUUGCCGUUCGAAAACUUCAAAAUAAAAAUUCUACAUUGCCUCAUAAUUUUAUACAAAGGAACACAUUAGGAUUGGCUGAUUGUUUUCCGUUUAAUCGUCCGUAUAUAAAUCAACAAUGCGGUACAUCUUCCUGUUGCAAUUUAAAUGUUUGCAAUUGCCAAGUUGAACGCAACGGUAUUGGGUCAAAUUGUUAUUAUUCAGAUGUAUGUUCUCCACCGGUUCCUCCAACUUUAAAUGGCAGUGCUGAAGAGGAUAAUAUGUCUCCGCCCAUGUCAGUCGAUGGCCGCGCGACUAAUAUACCUCCAGAGUUAUUCAAAACAGCUAUUAGUUUAGGUUACUCAUUUCUUGUCACAUGGAUAACAUCCUUUGUCAUGGUCAUAGUUCACGAGCGUGUACCUGAUAUGAAGCGUUAUCCGCCAUUACCGGAUAUAUUUCUCGACAAUGUACCGCACAUACCAUGGGCAUUCCAUAUGUGUGAGAUAACGGGCACAUUAUUGUUUAUCAUUUGGUGCUGUGUUUGCAUCUUCCACAAAUAUCGCCUUGUUCUUUUACGACGUUUCUUUGCACUUGCUGGAACAGUAUUCUUACUACGAUGCGUUACAAUGUUGAUAACAUCGUUAAGUGUACCAGGCACACAUUUGCAAUGUAAUCAAAAUGAUUACGCAGUUGACGAUACUGAUCUCUCUUUAAUUGAAGCUUUGCAGCUACGUAUUUCACGUGCCUAUACGAUUUGGAGUGGACUUGGUAUGUCUAUUCAAGGAGUUCGUACGUGUGGCGACUACAUGUUUAGUGGACACACAGUGGCUCUAACUCUUUUGAAUUUCUUCAUUACAGAAUAUACACCUCGGAACUUGUAUUUUUUACAUACUAUGACCUGGCUUUUAAAUAUGUUCGGUAUAUUUUUCAUUCUUGCUGCGCACGAGCACUAUUCAAUAGAUGUGUUUGUCGCUUUUUACAUUACAUCUCGCCUUUUUCUUUACUAUCACACACUAGCCAAUAAUCAGGCGCUGAUGUCGCACGAUUCAACACGAACACGCAUCUGGUUUCCGAUGUUCAGUUACUUUGAGAGUUCUAUUGAUGGAAUCGUUCCUAAUGAAUUUGACACCAUUGGAGCUCUCUUUGAUUGCCUCUGCCAGCUUGUUUUGAAUUUUAAAGACACUUGUAUGUUAUCAGCUCGUCGCAUUUGGAUCGAAGCUCCGCAAAUAUCAUUGAAAAGCGAAAAUAUACCAUCACUUUCCAACGUACCAGAUUCACUAAAACUUUUAAAGAAACAAUCCAACACACUGACUCAGUUACAAACGCAAACACGAGAGGACAUCGGAACAUCGAUAUCGGCCAAUACCUCCAACACACUGACUUCAUCACAGCCUGUUUUUGACGUAAGCAAAAAAAUGACGCAUGGAAUUUUGAACUCAUUUGGAUCGGCUGCUGAAAGUCCUAUAACGAAAUUAUCAGGAUCAUGCAAUAGCAUUCAUGGGGACAAGAAACAUCAGUAAUUAACAAACAAUCUCAAACAUGCACAAAUUGGCAUUUAUGGUAUUUAAAAAGUAUUUCCAGCGAUAAUAAAUUAAAAUAAGUUUUUAA